UGCAUUCGGCCGCGCUCAUUCGCUUAUUCUGCGUGUAAUUUCUCUAAAAUAACGGGUGAAAAUGAGCCGGAUACUGCUCCUGCUUGCUGUAUUAAUUGGUGCCACGUCACAAAAAGAAGUCACCAUCAAAAACGAAAAAUGCAGGACGUGUAAUUUUCUAGUGAGCACAUUUGAUGAGGGUCUCAAAAAAACGGCUCGCCAUCAUUUUGCCGGUGGAGACACAGCUUGGGAAGAGAAAAAUCUGGGAAAGUACAAAACUAGUGAAACCCGGCUAAUCGAAGUUCUCGAAGGUGUUUGCAAGAAAUCGUCGCUCCCAAAUAUGGACAAUUUUAUGGGAAUCGCAGAAAUCGAGUUUAAAUGCUCUACUCAACUUGAAAAGCAUGAAGAAACAAUUGAAGAGUUCUACUACAACCAGCAACACAAUAAUAUGUCAAAUUGGCUCUGUGUUGAGCAGUUAAAAUUGUGCUGCCCUGAUGGACACUUUGGUAAAAACUGCGAACAAUGUCCUGGAUUAAGUGAAAAAGCUGAUGUCUGUUUUGGAAAAGGAUCCUGUCAUGGAGAUGGAAGCCGCGAAGGCAGUGGAAAGUGUAAAUGUGAGACUGGAUAUACUGGAAAUCUAUGCCGAUACUGUGAUAUCGAGUAUUUCGAAGAAUCUCGGACAGUGCAGGGUGUCGUUUGUAAAAAAUGCCACGAGGGCUGCCUUGGAGUUUGCUCAUCGGAGAGCUCAAAAGGAUGCUCAAAAUGUAAAAAUGGGUGGAAAUUGACAGAAGAAGGGUGCGCAGACGUCAACGAAUGCCAAAACGAGUCCGCAUGCACAAAAGAGCACGAAAUUUGUGUGAACACUGUCGGAUCGUUCAAGUGUGAAUGUAAGGAAGGAUAUAAGAAGGAUGAUGAGCAAAAUUGUCAAUUUGACGUCGAAGCAUCUCCUGAUCGCCCGUUCAUGCCAAUCGACCAGCAACUCAAAUUGAUUGCCUUCUCCUCUCUCAUCAUCAUCAUCACUUUCGUCGUUUGGCACGGAUCCCCAGUGCUCUAUGUUUUAACGGGAAUCACCAUCGUCGCCCUGAUUCUUGUCGAUCUUUAUGUUAAUCCUGACACAAUUCCCGACGAGGCCAAGCGAUUUUUAGGAUAUUGAACAAUUUUUAAAAUUUUUUUUAUUGGUUUUAUACGGUUAUUAAACAGUUAACAGCGCUUGCUCAGAAAUUCAUCAAUAAAAUGUAGAAUAUU